AUGCGCCACCUGCCGCGACGGGACUCGAGCUUGUUCGACAAGCAGGCGCCCGUGAGCGACCUGUCAUACGCCGACAGCACGACGGGACGGCCGUGGGCCGAGUGCGGCCAGUACACAAGCCAAUGGUGGGGCGUCGACCUCGGGAGCGAGGUGUAUGUGCGUUACGUGCGGCUGCAGAACCGCAACGACUGCUGCGCGGAGCGGCUGACGGACGUCGACAUCUAUCUCGGCUCGACGGCGGAGACGUACACGGGCAACGCGCUGGUGAAGUCAGACGUGAGCGUGUUGUCGAACGUGAUGUUGGAGGUGGAGAUCAACGCGUUGGGGCGCUACAUCUACCUCAACCGGCCGUCUGCGGCGGGGCUGACGGUGUGCAAGUUCUACGACUCGAGCUUGUUCGACAAGCAGGCGCCCGUGAGCGACCUGUCAUACGCCGACAGCACGACGGGACGGCCGUGGGCCGAGUGCGGCCAGUACACAAGCCAAUGGUGGGGCGUCGACCUCGGGAGCGAGGUGUAUGUGCGCUACGUGCGGCUGCAGAACCGCAACGACUGCUGCGCGGAGCGGCUGACGGACGUCGACAUCUAUCUCGGCUCGACGGCGGAGACGUACACGGGCAACGCGCUGGUGAAGUCAGACGUGAGCGUGUUGUCGAACGUGAUGUUGGAGGUGGAGAUCAACGCGUUGGGGCGCUACAUCUACCUCAACCGGCCGUCUGCGGCGGGGCUGACGGUGUGCAAGUUCUACGUCUUCGCAGGAAAUCGCAAUGGUCCACCUCCUUCCGCGUCGCCGUCGCCACCGCCGCCAUCCACCCCGGGAGCUUCCUGCAAGGCGGGGCUCUGCACUGGCAACAUCUUCGAGACGUGCUUCUACGACCCGGGCUGCGCGGCCGGGGGGCUGGGUUGCAACGCGGGCGGCAAGACACUCUGCCGCUUUUGCGAGUUUGGGCCCUACAAGGCGAUCGAGUGCGCGCCCUGA